AUGGCCUAUACCGCCAACAAGCAACAAAUGACUGGUCACUUGAAUCCAGCCCUACUGAACGACAGCAACGAAGACCUCGGAUCUACCGAUGAUAUUGAAUACAGUCCUACGUUUAGGCGAUCCCUGGUUUUGCCCUCUUUUCUCAAGAGUUUGACCGCUAAUAAGACUAAUGAGAUUUCGCUGAUUAACAAAACGGAUGGACAGGACGUUAGGCCGCACUCAAUACGAGAUGUUUUCCCCAAAAUAGACUUCUAUGUGAAGGAGGAUAUCAAGGAAAGGCGGCCUAAUCUGGAGGAUCUUCAUCUGCCACUGGAGUAUAGGACUCAACAAAAGAAUCGACAGAAUGAUAGCGAAGGUAACAGUCCUAAGGAGGCCGACCCUGGAGGUGAAAAGUUGGGUUGGAUUGACGGCGUUUACAUCCGGACAAUGAUGAACCUCUUCGGGGUUAUGCUGUUUCUGAGGAUGGGUUGGAUGGCAGGGGAGGCCGGCGUCAUCUUAGCGUUGGUCCAGGUAAUAGUGGCCACAAUCGUAACAGUGGUGACCACCACCUCCAUGAUAGCCCUGUGCACUAAUGGCGAUAUCGGUGGGGGCGGUAUAUACUCAAUGAUAUCGCGAUCGGUGGGCCACGAGGCGGGCGGUGUCAUCGGCUUUAUGUUUACGUUCACUAACGCGGCGUUUGUCGGCCUCAACGUCUUGGGCACCGCUUCCAGUGUCAGUGAUAUCCUAAACGUUAGUAUCACUUAUAUGUUUGCAUCCAUUAUCUCACAGAAUAUUCUAUAUUCUUGUGGACAGACGUUCGAUGAAGGCAUCUGCGAGCACCCAUCGGGUACUAAUGACAUCCGGAUCCUCGGCUACAUAUUCCUCAUCGUCAUAGCCGUCAUCCCAAUCAUAAGCCUCGAGUUCGAGGCGAAGACAAUGAUGUUCUUCUUCGUGACACUCAUUGUGUCGCUCAUCGACUACUUCGUGGGCGCACUCAUACCGCCCACGGAGUCCCAACAGGCGCAGGGGUUUGUCGGUUGGCACCGGUACGUCAUCGUACCGAACCUGUUCCCCCGGUGGGACGGCUACAACUUCUUCGGCGUGUUCGGCGUAUUCUUCCCGUCCGUUACCGGCAUAUUCACGGGCGCCAGUAUGUCGGCCGACCUCAAAGACCCGGCUACCGCCAUACCCAAGGGUACAUUCUUGGCCAUCGGCACCACGUCCACCGUCUACUCUAUUGUCUUGAUAUUCUUGGGCUUCACAAUAGUCGCCUACUCUGAUGACGAUCCCAGUAAUAUCGGCCUUAACAACGAGACCUGUACGGCCCCUAAUGGCUGCCACAAUGGGCUCAUCAAUAACUACCAGACUAUGGCGCUGUCGGGCGCCAUAUCGCACACCGGUAUCCUCAUUGACCCCCUAAUAUACGCCGGUAUUUUUGCGGCCACCCUGUCUUCGGCGCUGGGCUGUUAUACGGCUGCCCCCAGAAUAUUCCAGGCCUUCUGCGACGACCAUUUAGUACCAGUGAUCGGUUGGUUCGGCAAAGGCUACGGUCCGGCCCGGGAUCCCCGACACGGCUAUAUCGUGGUGUUCAUCAUAGGCGGCAUUUUCGUGGGCAUCGGCGACAUUAACACGGCCGGCACCUGGAUCUCAAACUUUUACCUAGGCGCCUUUUUCAUGGUGAACUUCUCGCUGUUCCACGUGGCCUGGGUCAACCCGAUCAGUUUCAGGCCUAGUUACACGUUUUAUAAUAAGUGGUGUAGCCUGAUCAUCGGCAUAUUCUGUAUCGCGCUCAUGUAUUUGUUUGACCCUGUAUCGGCGUCGGUAGUGUUAGGGCUCACUAUCAUUAUCUAUUUGCUUAUGCUGUUCGUUGAUCCAGCAAAGGCCAAUUGGGGCACAUCUACCGAAGCGUGUUGUUUCGACUGCGCCCGUAGUAUCACAUACCGGCUCAACAGCCAGGAGGACCACGUGAAACACUACCGGCCCAUGAUUCUGGUGCUGUGCGGCAACCCCAAGAAUCGCCAGGUGCUGGUGGACAUGGCCAACCGGGUGACCCGAGAGCACGGCAUGCUAUUCCUGUCGCACGUGACGGAGGGUCCGCUAUCUUAUAAGACGAGAGAACGGGUGAUCGACGGCCAGAAAGCGUGGAUCAAAUCGGAAAAGAUUAACGCUUUCUACAAACUGGUUGAGUCGGAAAGCCUGGCCGACGGCCUCAGAAAUCAGAUCCACUCGACGGGUGUGGGAAAGUUUGCGCCCAAUUGCGUGAUGAUUGGCUAUAAGUCCAACUGGAAGUCCUGUAAAGACACCGAUUUGUGCGAUUACUAUGACUGCAUUCAUAAUGUCUUGGAGUCGCACCACUCGCUGAUCAUAUUGCGGGUCAGGGAGGGUCUGGACUUCUCCGAGUACUUUGUAUCGGCAUUUGAUAACUCCUUUACUGUCCAACAAAUGGAGAAUAAUUUAAGUGGUGGUGGCGGCGAUAUAUACUCCAUUUCCCGCGAUGUCGACUCCCAGAUCACCACCGAUACCAAUACCCGGCUCCCGCUCUCCCACAUGGAGUGCCACCGGCUGUCCAAUCGGUUCAAAUACAAGCAAACGGCCGGUUAUAUCGACGUGUGGUGGCUGAGCGACGACGGAGGGCUGUCUGUCCUCAUACCCUAUAUAUUGAGAAAUGAUAGGCUUUGGAGGAAAUGUAAACUAAGAGUAUUCAGCGUUUCCGACGGCAUCGAGGAUACCAUCGCUUUGAAAGACAAUUUGUGUCAAUUGCUGAAUAAAUUCCGGAUCCCUUUCGCUGACGUAUACGCCCUGUCCUACGAUGACGUCGAGAUAUCGCACGAAACUAUCGAAAAGUUUGAGUCGAUUCUGGAGGGAUCCAUAACCGACGACAUCACGCCCGUCAUCAAGACAUCACCGAAAGAGCUCUUCUCAUUCAAAGAACAGACCAAUAAAACUAUGAAACUGCGAGAAUUGCUACUCAAAUACUCAUCAAACUCUACAUUAAUAACUUUGACACUACCCAUACCUCGCAAAUACAAGUGCUCGGCCACCCUAUACAUGAGUUGGCUGGAGGUGCUGACCUACGAUAUGCCGCCCCUAUUGCUGAUUAGAGGCAAUCACGACAACGUCCUAACGUUUUAUUGUUAAAUAUAUUUGUUGCUGGAUCCGAUUUUCGUAUUAUUUUUUUAUAAC